UCAGCCCCAUCCCAGACCCAUGGCAUCAGGUGACACAGCGAACACGCCCGAGGGGAGUCGAAGCUUCCUGGUGGACGAGGCUGCCUUCGAGGAGAGGUUCCUGCGCUGUGGGGUGUGCCACGAGAAGUUCGACCAGGCGGAGCACACGCCCAAGUCCCUCCCGUGUAACCACACAUUCUGCACCACGUGCUUGACCCAGAUAUACGACCACGCCAACGGACAGCCCGAGAACACCGAGUGGGUGUAUCGUCUGCGACAGAUGGACGGGCUGCUCAAGUGCCCGACAUGUCGUGUGGAGAUACACCUGCAGCGUGACGACAUCACAGAGCUGCCCAACGACCACAGAAUAUUCCAGAUGACGGACUUCAUCUCGCAGGCCAUGGCCAAGACGUCGAACCUGUGCGCCAAACACGAGAGUCAGCCUCUGAACUUCUUCUGCAAGAAGUGCAUGACGCCCAUCUGUCGGGACUGCACCGUCCUCGACCAUAAGGAGACAGAUGGUCACGUCAUCAUAGACUUGGCAGACGCCAUGCGAGAGAACUCCGCCGUGUUCACGGACGUUGAGAACAGAAGCAAGCAGUACCUGGAGAAGAUGAAGCGAAGGUCUGACCACCUGGGCAACGCCUCCAAGCGGCUGGACAUGCUGGAGAGGAAGCUCAAGCAGCAGGUCCGCGAGAACUUCAUCGAGUACAAGCUGCUGCUAGACAAGAGACAGGAGUACCUCAACGCCACCAUCAGCCAGAUCAUCAAGGAACACAAAACUAAAAUCAACAACCAGUUUGCUAACAUCUGUGGCCAUGGGACAGAACUCCAAAAGUUGUACGAUCUGUUGAAAGCGUCCAAAUCAAGCAACGACAUCCGCAAAAUCUUAAGCAUCUGUCAGCAGAUCAAAGACAGAGAAGAUGUUUUCAAGGAGUCGGCCACUAAAGACGACACGGAACUCUUUCAGUCGUGCGAGUUCGAGGCUGUGAACGAGGGCACUUUUCUCUCUGACUUGAGUGGCCUUGGGGAGGUGAGGAGCAGGGCUGACCCCGGCCUGAAGCUGACGGUCAGCGUUAAGGAGCUGCAGGACUUGGAGCAGGAGCAGGAGAGGGAGCGUCAGAGGUACAGGGAGCUUUUUAGUCCUGAGAUAGAUCGUCAAGCGAGUCAUCCAAUGACGGGUGAUGACCCGGAUGAUGACGAUGAAGACUUGGACUACCACGAGCGGUUCUUACCAGGCAGCAUCCUGGCCGAGCUGUUUAGCAGCCAAAUACUCACGGCAGACGACGAGGGCGGGAGGAGGGAGGAGGGACGAAACUCUGCCAGACGAAGCACGAGACACGGGAGGCGACCACGUGACACCAACAGUUCACAGGUGUCCAUGUUGUUUGGUCAGACCCCAGAAGGUGUGAACCCGCUGGCCCGGGGGUCAGCACCAGCUGCCCUGAGACCCGAGGCUGGCCCUCAGACACACCGGCACAGGUUGGUCUACAACCCUACCAUAUUACGGCACCAUCUGCAGGACACCGCCCCCACUCCCCCCCCCCACCCUGCCCCAACAAUGGAGGGACCAAUGCUGAACGCCCACACGGAAAUGACGCUGUCCAAAGAUCUGGAGGAGACCUUCCUUACCUGCAGCAUAUGUGGAGAGCCGUUCAACCAAUCAGAUCGCUCGCCCAAGCUUCUCACCUGCAACCACACCUUCUGCCAGAUGUGCUUGGUGACCCAGUCGGGAGGUCGGGGUGACCUGUACUGCCCCAUGUGCCGGGCGGUCACCCACCUGAGCGGUGACGUCUGCAAGCUGCCGGUCGACCACAAGGUCAACCAGAUCAGAGACUGUGUGGACGACAUCAAACAUCAGCAGAAGAACAUCUGCCCCCAACACGAGUUCCAGUACCUGAGUUUUUUCUGCCAGAAAUGUUUCGUGCCCGUGUGUCGGGACUGUACGGUGCUCGACCACACAACGGACAAAGGUCACGUGAUCUGUGACGUCAAGUCCGCACUCAAAAGCUACUCGGACUUGAUGGACGCCGCUGAGAAAAGCGCCCAACUGACCCUCGAGAAGAUGGCCGCCGAGAAGGAGAAACACGAGCAGGAAGUGGUUGCCAUGGAGAACAUGAAAGAGGAAGUGACGAAUGAAAUCGUCGCCAAGUUUAGCGAGCUCCAUCAGUACCUCGAGCAGCGGCAGAGCAGUCUGAUCGCUGAGGUCAACACGUUCGUGGACCACGCUACAGCAGGCGAGCAGACGAGAGGGGAGAUUGUUGGCGCCAAACGCCGUCAGCUAGAGGACCUGCUGAAGGAGUUUCAGGCCAGCCGGCAGAACAAGGUCACGGCCAAAAUAUUCCGGGGUCUCCGACAGAUUAGAGAAGUCAGUGAGGCUCAUCUAGAGCUGCUAGAUAUCCUACAGGACCCUGACAAACGCUGCUCGUUCGAGGCUUGUAAAGAGGAGGAGCUUAUUUGUCAUUUGACGGACUUUGGUGAAGUUCGUGCCGCGCUAAAAACAGACAUGGUUAAGCCAGGGGAUCAGAACUAGAGCACUAUUCUAUGCGGGCUGAACGUCGUUGUCAAAGGCGGAACCAUUUCUUCCUAGCGUCGCUUUUUUGGAUGUGUGAGACACCACCACACCGACCUACCACCACCACACCGACCUACCACCACGGGGUCGGGUUGUAAAGUAAGGGAGGUGGCUGUGGGGAAAGAAAACACACAUUUAAAAUUAAAAAAAAAAUAUUCAACGUGUAUGUUCCGACAGGUCAAUCGCCAAUCACCUUGAACUUACCGAGGUCACCCCGACCUCAAUCAAACUUUACCUGAGAUCGGCGUGUCUGUCUGCCGUAGGCCCAUACUGCUUGUUGUCUACGUGAGUUUGGUACAGCGCGUCGGUGGUGUAAAGGUUAGCAUGGUUGCCUUCCAAGCAGUCGAUCCGGGUUCGAUUCCCGGCUGACGCAAGUUGUUUUUUAAAAUAAUACCUUAACAGUUGUCGAUCAAAUCUGUAUUUCUCACAGUGAUCUGGUGAUCUGGUGACCUGAUACCACAUCAUUACAGCCGCACGUAUUAUUUGUGUAAUCUUGUUUUGGUGUGUUUACAUUUUUGUAGUGCAUUGAAAUGAAAAUAAAUGAAAUAUAUUUGUA